AUUUUUGUUGCCCUGUUCUCCCUGCCAGAAGGCAGCUCGUGGUGGGGGUGACGUCCGCCCCAGACAGGAAGCAACAGCUGGAGCAGUUCUUGAGCUAAGUUGGAGGCGAGACAAUGGCCCAGGAGACUAAUCAAACACAGGUGCCUAUGCUGUGUACCACAGGCUGUGGAUUCUACGGCAGUCCCCGAACCAAUGGGAUGUGCUCAGUUUGCUAUAAAGAGUAUCUACAGAGGCAACAGAGCAGUGGCCGGAUAAGCCCCCCAGCAGCAAAUGGUCCCAGCAACAGCCCUGCGGCUUCAGAUUCCAUCCCAGGGCAGGGCACAGAGGGAGACCCGACGCCUGAAGAUGUGAAAACCAGCACUCAGACUCCUGUGACCCAUCAGAUGACGGCCAUGAGCAUAUCCAGAGAAGAAACCAGCAGCGAGACAGUCGGAUACAUUAGCACAGACGAAACCUCCUCAGCAUCUUCCUCAUCAGAGACCCUCCUUGAAAUAUCCCAGAACUCUGCUGAGGGUGAGAAGAUUUCAGAAAAACCCAAACAGAAAAAGAAUCGCUGUUUUACUUGCCGGAAGAAGAUCGGGCUAACUGGUUUCGACUGCCGUUGCGGGAACCUGUUCUGUGCCAUCCACCGGUACUCUGACAUGCACAGCUGCCCGUAUGACUACAAGGCGGAGGCGGCUGAGAAGAUCCGCAAGGAGAACCCCAUUAUUGUGGCAGAGAAGAUCCAGAAGUUGUGAAGGAAGCUGAGCAUUGAGUACUUGAGCCUUGUGGUGUGGCGCUCCUCCCACUCCCGUUCCCUCCCCCCAAGGUGUCUGGGAUCCUGCCAAGAGGUGAGGAGACUCAGCAAUCCCGUGGCUCCUUUCCCCCCACUUCUUUUCCUCUACCCGUCGCUCAGUUGACCCGUUUUUACCCUGUUUUCACCCA